UCCUCUUAAUUUCCUGCACCAUUUGGGCAUUUGGCAUUUCGUCGGGGCUCCUCUAAAUAGCUGCCGUUCCUGGCUGGGCUUCCAGCCAUCACAACUCGCUGACCUUCUGCGUUCCACAGUGCAGUGAAGAUCUCUUCUUCCCGUGGAGCAGAAAUGGCUUCUGAUGAGAAGGUUCACACUUUUGAGGAGGUCUCCAAGCACAAUCUCACCAAGGAUUGUUGGCUCAUCAUCGAGGGGAAGGUAUAUGACGUGACCUCGUUCAUGGAUGACCAUCCUGGAGGAGACGAGGUCCUUCUAUCUGCAACUGGGAAAGAUGCAACAAAUGAUUUUGAAGAUGUUGGUCAUAGCAAGGCUGCGAGGGAUAUGAUGGCCAAGUACUGUAUAGGCAAGAUUGAUGUCUCAACUAUCCCCUUGAAACGCACAUACGUUCCAGCCAAGCAGGCACCUUACAACCCUGAUAAGACACCUGAGUUUGUGAUCAAGAUUUUGCAGUUCCUGGUGCCAUUGUUGAUUUUGGCAUUGGCUGUUGCAGUAAGAUAUUACACCAAGAGCAGCUGAAUGUGUUCCCUGCAGAUUUUUUUUUCUUUUUCACUAUAAAUGACCUGUUAGAAUUUUCUGUGUCUUUUCCGUAGUGUGAGUGUGGUGAAUUCAAAACAUUAAUGGAACAACGGGAAUUCGUUGUUGGUUGAGAACUUGGUUUUUCAAAUUCCAAUAGAUUGGACUGGUUAUUUGAGAACCUGUCAAACACAGAACUUCCUUGGUGUUA